AUGGUUUUUAGAUGGUUCAAGCUGAUCUCGGAUCAAAUUGAUCUCGUCAAAUGUGAAAAUAUCAACGCACAACCUAAUAUCGGUUCAUUUGAUAUGGAUGCAACAGAUAACGCACAGUAUCACACAGAAGAUGUAGAUUUCUUUGAAAGAGUACAAAUUUCGACUCAUCCACGGCUUGUUAGUGCCAACGAAAUAACAAUACAACAACCAACGAUCUUGGAACGUGCUCAGCCAAUUUUGACUCUUACGGAACGGUUACGACGUAAUGAUGAAUUAAUUAUGAAAGCUUUGCUUGAUAAGCAGACAAUAUUGGCCCAGUUUCUUCCUGGACCAAAUAAGAGUAACAUUGCUGAAUUGGAAAAGUUAACGGAACAGCUAGCUGGUAUGGCUGUUACGGAAUUGAAACAACGAGAUGGUCAAGAACUAGCACUGAGCGCAAUUGUACACGGGAAUCGCUUACUUGAUGCAAUAAAUCAAGGUCUGAGUGCACGGAAAGAUGUGGAUGAUUCGAGUAGUGAUGCUGUAGUGGUUAAAUUGGACACUGUUGAAAAUGAUGUCCCAACAGUUGCUUGUUAUAAAUUGACCGCUAUCGCAGCACCAUUAAUGAAUCAUUUGAAAGCGAUGAUGCAAGUUAUUCAAGAUCAGCAGAAUGAAAUUAAAACGAUCAAACAACAACUUCAUCAAUACAAAGAACUUGCGAACAGUACAAAUCGAGCUGAUAAUAAGGAAUCGGUAACGGAAUGUGUUGACUGUAAGCAGGUAUUACCUGAUGCGGAAGCGGAAAGGCGUAAGCGAUUGCAAACUAAACGACAGCGCAAUACAGCAGUAACUCUGUCGGCAACAUCCAUAUAUCCUCAUUCUCCGACAAAUAGUUGA